AUGCGUAAGCUUGCUAAACUUUGUGAAUCAGAUGGAGGUAUUAAUGACUGUCUAGAUGGAAAAUUUGAGGAGAAUUAUGAUGAACCAGCAAAAUUAUUUGAUACUUAUGCUGCUCGAGCUAUGUUUGGUUAUUCAGAAAGAUUGUUUCAUAUUUUAAAAGAGGGUUCAUCAAAUAAUAUUUACGAUGUAAAAUUACAACCAUUACCAUUAGGAACCGGUGCUAAACGACCUUUAGCAGCUGCGCAAGCUUUUGUCAAAUUUAUGGCAACACCUCGAAUGCAAGCAGCUGUAGCAGGAAAUGAAGCUUUUUCAGCACAAAUGCCUCUACGUUAUCUUCUUCCCAUUUCUAAGAGUGCAUCUAAUGAGCCUCUUCUAGUAUCUAACCGUUUUUAUCAAGAUUAUUUUCGAAAUUUAUAUGGGUAUACCUAUCCAAAUACUGGUCUUUUAUCAGCACGUGGUCAGCUUGCACCAGCUAUUCGAAAAUAUAUUAAAGAAGAAUAA